UAGAAGAAAAGAAAGAAGGAAGAAGAAGGAGAAGGAGAAUGAGAAGGCAUCGGGCUUCUGGAGCUGGCGGGGGAGGCGUCCGUCUGGGGCUUGAGCCGGCUGAAGGAGCUGCUGGCAUCAGCGAGGAAACUAGUGGCGGCGGCGGCGGCAGUGGACGGUGUCGGUAGGCGGCGAAGUGGAAGGAAAGUUGCAGCCUUUUUGGACGCCGAUCGUGGCGUUGCCGGCUUCGGUAGCCACUAAUUCUGGUGGCGAUCGACUCCCCUCGGCGUGAGCUUUCUUUUGGCGGCAGCGGCGACGCGAAUGGUGUCCGGAGAUGGAAGUUCGCAGUGGAGAGAGCAAGUGGGUGGCGGCCGUGUUUUCAGGAUUUUCCGGCGAGCUCCGACGAGCUUUGGAUAUUGGAGGACAUAUCCAGACUCUUCUAAGUUCAAGCUUCGCAAUGGCACCGGUUUCGUGGCGAUCGGACUCCGUUUACAAAUCGACGACUGAGAUCGUUCGUAAAUCCCUCCGGAUGAUCGAGGGUCGGAUUGAAAAAUCGGAGGCUGAGAUCGUCAUCAGCGCAUCGUUUCGAGUCCCUUGGUAUAUUCGGAUCGUCGAUCGGACUCCGGCGGCUGGAGGCGAGUUGACCAAGCGAUCAAGCGUCUCGAUAAUAUGUCAGUUCGGCUUGCUCCACUCGAGGCAUCGGAGCAGAGUUAGGAGGUCGUCAAAGCUAUCCCUGAUUGUUAGUCUUCCUGCGGCUCUUAUCUAACAACCCGACUCCUUC